AUGGAUACACCUCAGCCUCUCCAAGCAAAUGGCCACAAACGGCCUCAUUCCGCCGGCCACGGAAAGACGUACAAGAAGCGACGUCACGAAUACCAACAGAUGCGCGUCAACUUGGAGAAGACCGUGGAUGGACGAUACCGGAAUGACCGCAGUGACUACGAUCGCGUGGGCGCUCUGCUACUCUGCUGGCAAGACGAUGAUCUGGAGGCUUGGACUCGGGAGGUGGUUCGUCUUGGUAGCAUUUUCAAAGAGCAAUACAGCUAUGACGUCCAUCAAUUUCGCAUCCCUUCAGACAGAGCAGUCACGGCCACUCACAAGCGCGUCGCUGAUUUUGCGCACCAAUAUGACGGCCCGAACAACCUCAUGAUUCUGUAUUACGGUGGUCAUGGAUUCAAGGAAGACAAUCGUCUCAAGUUGUACGCCAAAAUGGAAGGGAAUGGUGACGGUGAUCCCUCAACAUUUUUCGACGGCGUUGUCUGGUCCCUUCAGCAUUGCAACACAGACGUCUUGGUUGUCACCGACUGCUGCCAUGCUGCUCUUGCCUUUUCUCGCGUGGAGGUUGGAAAACGCAAAUUCGAGCUGUUGACGGCUACUGGGCCCACACAGUUCGCUUACACGCCAACGAGUCCCAUGUCGUUCUCUGCCAAGCUAUGCGACACUCUAGAAGAUCUUGCGGCAAAAAGAACGAGUUUUACUACCUCAAAGUUGUAUCGAGAGCUCUAUUUCAAGACAAACGAAGAAGUCAAACCAUUCCUCUUCGAUCAGAGCCAGAAUGACUGGGGAAGAGUAUCUUUGAGACCCACGAAAUUUCAGGGAGAGCCGAUUGAGCCCGAUGAUCCGUCAGUCUCAGGCCCCGAGAAUGCAGAGCUGUGCUUGCAUAUGGAGCUGCGGCUGAGUUCACAGCCGAAACUCAAUAUGAAUAUGUUGAUGAUGAACGAUUUGGCACGAGCAAUGCAAUAUCUUCCCCACGUGAACGAGAUCAAAUUCAAGCACAUGCAUGCCCCAGCUGAGGACUUGAAGCAAUUCAUGCGGGGCGUGAACCAGGCGAUGAGAAUCCGACCCUUGUUGAGGCGACUACGAAAGCGCAUCGAAGCCAGGAAGGAAAGGGAGAGGCAGCAACAGGAAAGCCUGCAGGUUGAUGAGCCUCCACAUGAUCAGCUGCCGACGGAUUUGCAUCCAAAAACUUCGUUGCUGUACAGUUGGAACGAAUCACAGUUGGAUAUGGAAAGCGCCGGUACUCCACAAACCGAAAGAGACCUCCCCAUGGAGCCAGCAUGA